GCGAAGAAGAAAUCCUGCCACUCUACUUCCUGGUUGCAUUUUUUUUAGCCUAAUCUGCGACUCUAGCUAACGUUUCUUGGAUUUAUUUGUUUUAUUUUUCAUUUUUAUCGCGGUUUAAAAAAUGCUGCGAGGUUUCGGGUCCUGGCUGGGGUUGGAGAACCCGCCUGAGGCGGAGAAGCAGGAGGAGGAAAAGGUGGUAGAAGCCCAAAAUGAGGUAAACAAACCGCAAUCAGCAGUUGGCCAACAAGACGAAGGAGACGAGCAGGAGGAAAACAACAAAGGACUGGGCGACUACAUUUUCAGCUUUGCGUCCAGCGUGACCAGGAAGAUCACCGACUCGGUGGCGGAGACCUCGCAGACCAUCAAAAAGAGCGUGGAAGAGGGAAAGAUCGACGGCAUCAUUGACAAGACCUUUUUAGGAGACUUUCAGAAGGAGCAGGAGAAGUUUGUCCAGGAGAACAAGGCCAAAAGAUCAGAGGCAGCAGUCCCUCCAUGGGUGGGCUACAACGAGGAGGAGACCAUCCAGCAGCAGAUCCUCGCUCUGUCUGCCGACAAGCGUAACUUCCUGCGCGACCCCCCGGCCGGCGUGCAGUUCCACUUCGACAUGGAGCACAUGUACCCGCUGGCCGCCGUCAUGCUGGAGGAGGACCAGCUCCUCAACCGCAUGCGCUUCGACCUGGUGCCCAAACUCGUGAAGGAGGACGUCUUCUGGAGGAACUACUUCUACCGCGUGUCUCUGGUCAAGCAGUCGGCGCAGCUGACGGCGCUGGCGGCACAACAGCAGAAGGAUGGCGAGGACAGAGGGCCCGCCGUCUCCCCUGACGACGUGGUCCUGAGGGACAACGUCAGGCCAAAAACUCCACCUGUGUCCAUCGGCGACAUGCAGAAGCCUCCUCACGAGGAAGACGAGGAGAUAUCCACCAGCCCCGGCGUCUCCGAGUUCGUGAGCGACGCGUUCGACUCGGCGGCCAUCGACCGCGAGGACCUGAGGAAGGAGAUGGAGCAGCUGGUGCUGGACAACAAGGACAGCCCCCCCGACGAGGAGCACGCGGACUGGGAGAAGGAGCUCCAGCAGGAGCUGCAGGAGUACGAGGUGAUGACGGAGGCGGACGGCAGGGACAGCCAGUGGGACCUGGAGAUCGAGGAGAUGCUCCAGGCUGACGAGCGCUAGACGUGAAUACCUUCUUUUUUUUUUUCUUUUUUUUUGGCUUCAAACAUUCGCCCACAAAAAAACUUCCAUGAAUGAGAUCUCCCUGCUUCUUCAGGGGUUAUCAUACAUCAAUAGAGACUAAAUACAUCAAAAUGAAACUAAUUUUAGAUCCAGCUGUUCGCAUUAAGAAACAAUUACACCGCAUCACGUCUUGUCAAAGCCUCUUCCUGCUGCACAAUGUUGACUGACUUGACUUGCAAGAUUUUAUUCACAGCUGCAGCACUUUUUUGUUCUUCUUCCUGCAGAUAACGCCAUCAAAACACAUCAUUUUUUUCUCAAUUUUUUUUUUCACGCCCACCCUUGGGGACAUUAAUUUUUUUUCCACGCCCACCCUUGGGGACAUUAAUUUUUUUUCACGUCCCCCCCCUAAAUUUAAAUACAUUGGCUAACCUGAUAAUAUUUAUUUAUCCGCACAAACCACUCUGAGCAAGUCACCUAGCUGAAGACUUGUAUUCUUUUCUCACGCCCCCCCUCUGGCAUCUUAUCAUGCCCACCCCUCUAUAUAAGAAGUAUCGGUCUAAUGAUCAUGAACCCCCACAAUUUAAAGAAGCACCGCUUUACUGUAAAACAACAAACGUCACGGAUAUCGUUUUGUGAGCACACCACAGUUUGACACGGGCUUCUCUAAUAUUCAACAGAUUGUAUCCGAUAUCUUGGGUUUAAAAGUUUUGGUAAUGGAUAGACGACGGAUGGAUGGAUGAAUGAUUGAUAGAGGGAUGGGUGGGUGAUGAAUGGAUGAUGGGAAAUUAUAAGGAUAAAUGCAUCGAUUGGUGGAUGAUGGAUGAAUGAUUGAUAGAGGUAUGGAUGGAUGAUGAAUGAAUGAUGGAUAAAUGAAUAUUGGUGGAUGAAGGAUAGAUGAUGGAUGGAUGGUUGAUAGAGGGACGGGUGGAUGAAUGAUUAAUA